UUUUUUAUAUGAAAUUGCGGACUCAAAAAGACAAGAAACGAACUCUUCCGAAACGACAAUGUGAGCGAUGGCAGGAAAGGAAGAAUAUACAAUUCCUGAUGCUAUUGCAGAAGAAAUCAGCUCUAAGAUUGUAGAGACCUACAUCAGUAUACCUGGGCUAGAGGUGAAGUGGAAGUUACCAGGGAUAGGCACUGCUGAACUGAAGAAUAAUUGUUCAGUUACUCCUACAUUUAACACAGAAUCUCUAGAAGUUGUUGCUAUUGUAAAGAAGGAUAAUGGAGUGGAACAUAAAUAUAAAUACACAGUGCAAAAACUUCCAGGGGAGAUAAUUCCUUCAGAAUGUUCAACCAAGUUUAAGGAUGGCCAAAUUACAAUAGUACUAAAGAAAGCCAACCAGUCAUCUUGGGAAGUUCCAUUGCAACGAGGACUUGAACAGGCCAAGUGAUAAAAAACAAAUUACUUUCAAGGGAGAUAAUCAAUAGAGAAUUUUUCUUCUUAUCUCCCUCUACAGUAUUUAGUAGAAAAGAUGUAAAAGCAGCAAGGAUUAUGAAAGAAGACUAGAUCAGAAGACUCUCAAAGAAACAUGUAGAUUUUAAUAUAUACUUUAAAUUAACUAAUAUAUCUUUGUAUACCUGUACUAAUUGAUUAACUAUUUACUGUGGAUAAAUAAUGCACCUUCCACCAAAAUAAUAUAAUUAGAUAUAAGUUAAAACAUAGCUGCAACUUACUGUAUAUGGUUAAGUUGUGAAACCGUUUCUAGCACUCAUGCUGACUACAAAAAAAUCUGUCUACCAGACUGAGAAAACCCAUAUCACGCUAGAAGCGUGCUAUGGAAUAUUUUUAUACAGAAAGAUCAAAGGAAAUUUUGAAAAAAUUGUGAUAAACUUAAUUAAUUACUGGAAUCUUGAUGAUCAUGAUGAUGAUAACUGUUAAAUGUCCUAGACAAAAUCUUAAUCCUCUAGUUCUGACAGUCCUGAAGGACAUACAAGUUAUUUUAUUUGGUUACAGUUGCUGCUGAAACUGCUUACUGUUACAAGGGCAUAUUCAGAUGGUCCACCUUUUUAUCAGCAAAUACUGUAAAUUCAGAAAUUAUUGCGAUGUUUUUAUUAUUGCGAAAAAUGCAAUAGGGUUGUAAUCACAAUAAUUUAAACUGGCAUUUUGGAUUUUUUUUAUAUGAAUGAAACGGAAUUUUUCUCAGUAUCACAAAAAUAAUAAUCGCAUUUUGGUCUAAAAUGAUAAAAUCGCAAUAAUUUCUGAAUUUACAGUAUACCUUUCUUUGGCAUAAAGUUGAGGAAAAAUAUUCUCCUCCCUACACUCCCCACUUUGCCACUAUUUAUAACAUAACAAGAGUGUUAUGUGAUGAUGUAAUAUAUUUUGUCAUUGUUAUACUUUUGUAAGGCAUGCAGAUCGUUAAGCUGUGUUUUAUUUGUUAACUUUGACCUACUGAAGAUUUGUUAACAGCUUUUUACACUAGAAUCUAUACACACCAAUGUAUAAUAGAAUUUUCAAAAUAAAUGUUUUAUUUACAAUGUAUGACCUUAUAAAAGUGCAAAAGUUUGUAGAGUUUACAUUUAAUGAAGUUUUCAGUAUUCUUAUUCUAUUCUGUUCGAAUAAGCCAUUGAAGGAAUUGAGUGACAUUGAAUGAAAUGUGUUACUGCAAGUGGCUUCUCGAUAAACAUGAUUUAAAUACCUUGAGCUUCAUCUGCAAUGCACAAUGUUAAGAAUUCAUAAUUUUUAUACGACCGCAAAAAUUGAAAAUUUUUUGGUCGUAUAUUGGUAUGACGUUGGCGUCGUCGUCGUCGUCCAGCGUCGUCCGAAGACACAUUGGUUUUCGCACUCUAACUCUAGUUUAAGUGAAUGGAUCUCCAUGAAAUUUUACCAUAAGGUUCAAUACCACGAAAGGAAGGUUGGGAUUGAUUUUGGGGGUUAUGGUACCAACAGUUAAGGAAUUAGGGGCCAAAAAGGGGCCAAAAAUAAGCAUUUUUGUAACUUCCAGACAAUAACUUGUGUGUAAGUGUAUGGAUCUCUCUGACAUUGUACCACAAGGUUCCAUAUCACAAAGGGAAGGCUGUAAUUGAUUUUGGGGGUAAUUGCCUCAAAAUUUUAGGAAUUAGGGGCCAAAAAAGGGGCAAAAAACAAGCAUU